AUGUCCUAUAACCCGGAACGAGCGUGUCAAUACUGCAAGUCCUUGGCGCAUAUUGAUAAAUACUGCCCUGAAUUUAAGAGUUGCAUCUACUGCAAAGGGGACCAUAACAUCAUCAAGUGUACGAAGAUUACGUGCAGAAGAUGCAAAAUUAAAGGGCACCAUCAAGUAAUCUGCCCGAAUACGUCAGAGUCUUUAGACAUUGGCUUGGACCCGGUGCUAGGGGGAUCGAAGCAACAUGGGAUUUUCACCGCCAAGAGGCCGAGCUCAGCAUCAGAAUUGAUCUCUUUUAAAAGACAGAGGACAUUGGACCGUUACACUUCAGUAAAUCUGAAUAUAUCUGUCCAGUCACCCGAGCAUUCGGACAAGAAGUGGGUUGCUAUCGAUGAAAGCGUGAGGGAUGAGCUUUCACUGCAAGAAAAAUUCAUCUUUCCAUACCUUAAGCCACUGUGCAGUGAAAUGAUCAGUGAAAUUAUACAGGGAUUAUUACCGGGAUCAUCAUCGCCUCAUUGCAAUUACCUUGAGAUCAUUGAUGAGCAUGGUGGUGUGGAGAAAGUAACAGAAUCUCUGAUCCACCUUAUAAGUCCACACAUUAUCCAGUUCCAGGGCCAUGAAGUAACAAGAACUGCACUGAACGCAAUUAUCUGUCAACAAAUUGAUAGUAAUGAGCCCUGGAAUAUGCCUUUAGGUUACGCAAGCAUUGUAUGUGAUGACCGAGAUACAUUAUGGUGGAGGUUAUAUGUAGGCCAAUGCUCUUUAUCAUGGCGGCGGAUUGUGUGCCAACAUGCCCAGCAAAUUAUCAAGGGAUCAACAGCAAGUCUCUACUACUUUAGUCUGUGGAUAGGAAACGGUCAUCGAUAUGCUAGGUUUAUCAAGCUUUGGGGUUUUCCCAAGGACACGGUGACUGAUGGAUGGUAUCAAGCCUGCAGCAAUCUACUUGAGGCCCUGUUCUGCAGAGCUUUCAGGACCCAUCACGGAAUGUUGAAUCGACUGGGAUCAAAGUACCAGAAUGAUGGGGAAUUUGGCCCUGAACAAAGAACUUCGGACCAAGGCAAACAUUGGUCCCAAAGGCAGCCGCUGAGAAGAGAAGAGGAAAAGAAAGUAUCAAGGCUGUGUUUUGAGAGAGAUUUCGACAUUGCAUUACAAAACGCUCUGAAUAAUGACGAAGAGGUCUUUAACAAGGUCAGAGAAUCACUCCAGCUACAACAGGAAACACCAGAUUUCAGUGAAGUUUUGGCUCAUAUACCCUUCUGUGGUAGUUUGACCUCCGAAGUGGCCGCAAUUCUUGACUAUGCUGCUGUUUCAGGGGCGAAUGAUACGCCCAUGAGGGCUAGUAAUAGUGAUGACAAGCAGCACAUGCUCACAAUCCCAUGGUCUCUAGAUGGAUGUGGCUUUACUGAGGGAAAUAUUCUUAUCUGGACCUACGACUUUAAGAAUUUUACGAGUAUAGGUCUUAAGCAUCUUGGUCAUGAUAUUCUGACAGAUCCUGAUGCCAGAAAGUUCCAUGAAACUUUGCUCGCAACCAGCCAAGCUAAGAUUAUUUUCCUAUGUGGGCCUCAAUCAGAGAAGCUUAUACGAGCCAUUGUGAGGUCUUCGCGCCAUACUCUGUCUCUACGCGGAUUUGACUACCCACUCUAUCGUGACCCCUUACGGAAUCGUCUUUUUAUCUGCUGUCCUCCUCUACCUGCAGAGAUCUGGUCCGUUAGCACAAGACAUAGUAUCAAGAUAAGCGAGGCUCUGAGAUUUGCAGUUAACUUCAUCCCAUCGUUAAAGUACGAUAUUAGACCGUUUUUCUGUGAAAACAGCAGCGUUAUUGGUUAUAUCUUGCGCCAAGCAAGGAAAGAAAGACUCGGAGGAGAAGCUCUGACUGCUGACACUGUGGACGAGGGUGUCCGGCUUUGGCUAACCAGAAGAAACAUGGGUCAAGCUGAAGAUAUCAAAGAAAUAGAGAAGAUUGCUGGUUCACUUACUCGCGGCCUCUUAAUGGUUUUGAAAUUCCUUCCAAGGAGACCGAAAAGUGAUGGGAAUGAAUCCAAAGAAAGAAGCCCGCAGCCUAGCAGAAGAGCCACUGAAAGGGUGAGGGUUCAUGAUUCCUUCAAUGUGGAGCAGUAUCAAAAGAUAGGAGACUUCGUUCACAAGCAUCUAGACGAGCGGGAGGUAGAUUACAGAAACCGAUUAUCUCGGCUGUGUGCGGAGUCACCGCGGCCUCAAGACAAGGAGAUAUGUUCUACUAGCUCUGAUAAAGAAGGAACUGAUGCGACAUCCACUGAUCAGGAGUCUAUCGCAGCACUGAAAUGCUUUUCACAAUUGCAGGGUCAAGAAUUUCAGACGGGCGCAGCAGAAAUGAGAGGACUGGUAGAACAGUGUCAGGCCGAGUCAGGAGAUAGGGACUGCGAAGCUCCCAUUAAUAUCCUGCAAGACCUUACAGCCAGAGUUAUAGGUGAAGGUUUUCUUGACCCUGUCGGUGUCACUGCUGCACAGCCCGUCAUCGCUGGGGCUAGUGACAAGAAGCGGCAGGGCGUGAAAAGUGUUGUGUGGAAAAAUGAAGACAUCCGGAAUCGUGAAUAUAGCUAUAAGCUUAAAGACCAGCUUAAGCGCCACGUCUAUAUCUACUAUUGCGAGAUUCCGUUCCCGGCUAAUAUGGAUAUCUUAGAUGAAAUGGUCUUUAUCAAACUAGAGCUUUGUCCUUUGGGAGAAAUACAUACAAAUCUAUAUGCAACCUCAAGCUCUGAAGCUCACGAUGAUCCGGCCCUACGUCUAGCCUUCCGGGUUAGAUACAUCGACUCUUUCGGUCGUGAAGUGGUAUACUAUGCAACAAAUCCAGCCAUUAGUAUGGUUUUCAGGGCGAAUACCUUGGUGGAGGUUCUGGAGAAGAAAUCAUUGGAAGACAUUUCACGGUUCCCGAGAAGGUUUAUCCACAUUGGUAGUCAAAAUAAUGCUCAUCCCUUGCUUGAACGCUUUAGGCGUGGGGGGAAUACCAGCCCACUUCCUCGUUAA